ACAUUGUUGAAUUCUCUAGGUUCUUUUCUAAAUUUUAAUACUAUACUACUAAAGAAUAACCAAAAAGAAUUAUAUUGUGCUCUACCAUUAUUGGUUGGGUGUCCACAAUAAACAUAAUUAGGUAAAAAUUAAGGGAAAACAUUAAGGAUAUAUACUAGUAUAUAACAAGACCAGUGCUGCGGCUGCGAUGGUAUUAUUAUUUCCGUAUCAGAGUGUGUCAGGAGUGUAUCUCCUCUCUUCCUAAAACAAUCGCUUCACUUUCCCGUUUCAAUUUUCCCGGAAAAUAUCACUGUGUCGUUUAGUUUCCCCUUUUCAUUUUCCCAGAAUAAUAAUCGUAAUUUACUUUCUCAAACCUAUACUAUUAAUAUUCAUCAGAGAUCAAAGCAUUUUCUCGGUCUCUGUUUCAAUUUCACGGAAAGACAAAAAAAAAAAAAACAGAGUGAGUUAAAAAAAAAAAAGAUGAAGCAGUUUGAGUACCAUGGCGUGGAGGCGGAGAAAGCGGAAGCGAUGAGGAGAUACAACAACCGUAGAAGCUACCCUAACUUUCUACGUUUAGCCGCCGUAGCUUCUCUCUGUUACUUAUGGUUCCCAACUGUGGCGGUUUUGUUACAAACCGUCGCCGGUUUGAUUUACCGGACCGGAUCGGCUUUGAUAAACGAUCGUACUGUCGCCUUCGUCUUCGCUAACAUACUCGCCGUUUUGAUCUUCCUUCUCUCCGGCGAGAGCAACGACGAGAAGAGUAGUAGUAGUAGUAGUAACGAACCAGAUCUCUACGAUCAGUACACAUCUUCUUUCUCCGCCGUAACCGUAACCGCCCCCGAUGAGAAAGUGGUGGAAGUCGAUGUUGAUUCGAACAAGCAAAUCGUUCCGACGGCGGAGGUUGAAGAGGCGGUUACGACGAAGAAGGAGAUCGUUACGGCGAAUGUGGUGGAGCACGAUGAAUCGAACAAGCAAAUCGUUCCGGCGUAUUUCCCGGAGGUUUCUGCGGAUGAGGCUAGUGAGGAGAAGGCGGUUACGACGACGAGAGUUCAUAGGAGGACGAAAUCGGAGGCGAAGAAAAAGAAAUCAGGGGCGGUGACAGAGUACCGGAGAACGGAAUCGGCGAAUGAGGUGGAGAUGGAGAGGCUGAGCAGUGAAGAGUUUCGUUUGAAGGUAGAGAGCUUCAUAAUGGAGACGAAGAGAAGCCUUAUUCUAGAAAACGACGUCGUUGAUUAUUCAAGGUCGAUGACUUGGAUCUAG